AUGUCAAAUCACCCCCAAGUCGAUGUCAAAUCCCUCAAAGUAGCAGAACUCAAAGAAGAGCUCGAAUUGAGAGGUUUGGAUACCAAGGGGUUGAAGGCAGUGCUCGCGGAUCGAUUGCAGAAAGCCCAAGAUCUUGACGUAUCAGGCGGAACGGAAGUUGCCCCUCUUCCUGACCAAGUCGGAGAAGAUGCGUUACCACCGAAAGAAUUAGCCCAGACGACUCCUGUCCUCGAACAGCCAGAUUCUCCCAGUGCUGCUGAGAAUCAAGAUCACCUUCUAUCACCCCCUGCUGGGAAUAAGUCAGACGCGGCACCUCAGGAGACGAAUGGCCUACAAGAUGACAUUUCAGGGACCGGAGAGGCGGAGCUUGAACUGGCAGAUGGACUUGACGGAGUGGGAGGAUCCAUGGUGGAGCAUGAACCUCCCUCUCCCACCCCGGCAGAUAUCUCCGAACUGGAAGCCGUCGAACCGGCGGCGUUAGAUUCUGAAGUUGCCGCUGAUGUCGCUGCGGAAGAAGCCAAGGAUGGUUUCCCUUCUCCUCUUCAACCACUUUCCCCCGCCCCGGUGGAAGAUGUAGAGAUGCAAGACUCAGAAUCCAAAUCUCCUGUCCCUCAACCUCAACCAGCUUCUCCACCUAGGGAAGUAUCGGAGGAAGAGGAAAAGCAGGCUGUCCCUGAGGAAACCGUGGAGGAUGUGCAAAAGGGAGAAAACGGGAAGGUGGAAAACGAUGAUGUGGAAAUGUUAAAUUCCCCUUCUUCCCCUGCUCGUCCUUCCUCGCCAUCUCAACCACCACCGGGAAAAUCCAAACCUAUCACACGAAAUUACCCCCCUCUUCCUCCCUCUCUUUCUCAUUUGAUACAUCCCCCGACAAGAGUGAUAUACAUCUCCAACCUACGCCGACCUCUGAUGCAUUCUCAACUUCACGAUUAUCUUUUCCCUUCCACCCCCGAAUCCUCCGAGUCGCUAUCAAUUCUUUUUCCCACCCCUAAGAAUCCAUUCGCAUCCACCUCAUACCCCGGAUUAUGGCUAUCAGGUGUGAAAGACCACGCAUAUGCCGUAUACUCUUCCACUGAUGAAGCUAUACAUACAGUGGAACGGAUAGAAGGUCUCAGAUGGCCUGAGGAUACAGGAGCAGAAUUACAAUGUCAAUUUAUCGAUGAAGAUCAAGUCAGGUCUUUAGUGGAGAGAGAAGAAUUUGCAUGGGGUAGUGGAAGACAAAAGCUUUCAUUGAGGAUAGUGGAAGUUGAUGGAGAGUUUAAGUUUCUGUUGGAAGGUGGUGGAGCAUUAGGAGCUAGACCAUCUGUCGGUCGUCAGAGUUUAGAAAAUAGAGGCUUGAACGAUAUGAGAGGACAACAGGGACAAAUAAGAACUCCACCAUUGACAGGAAGUAAUACCAUGGGACCGAGAGGUAUGAACAUUAUGGGUAGAGGAGGGAUACCGACGGGUCCAAGUGGGAGAUCAUUAGCACCAGGACCUGGGGCACAGGGGAUGGGAAGACCACCACCUAUGAUGAUGGGAAAUAGGAAUGGACCGGGAGGUUAUGGUGGAAAUGGUGGGUAUGGAGGACAAAGAGGACCAAUGGAAAGGAAUGGAGAACAUUAUGGUGUAUCGGAUGGAAGAGGAAUGCCCGUGAAGAGGACAAGGGUUAGACCGUCGUUGAUGUGGAGAGAAGGACCUGGUGCGACUGUGUAGUGAGUGGCACGCGUGGCACGAGUGGUUUAUGAUGAAUUGAGUGCAUGU